AUCGGCGGCGUUGUUAUUGACGCCAUAUUGGGGCCGGCGGCGGGUGGCCGAGUCGUUCCGUGGAGAAGAGAGGGUCGAGUGCAUCGCUUAGCUCCGUGCGGCCGGGCCACCUCGCAGCUCCCGCGCGUGGCCGCCGCUCCCGAGCCUUCCGUCCGCCCCGGCGUGUUGGAAAUCGCGUCUGGGUCACGCCACUGGCCGGGUCCGCUUCCGAAGGGAGCCGGUCUCCGCGCAGGAGCCCCGGCGCGCUCAGCCCGAGCGCACGGCGGGGGCGGCCCGGCCUCUCGGGAGCGGCCCGGAGCCGGCGGCGCGACUCUCGCGCCUCGGCCGCCUGCCCUGUCGCGGCUCCGCCGUCCCGGGCCCCACACCCACCGGGCACCUCCGAGGGCCCGUUUGCCCCCGUCCUUCCCGGCCCCGCCCGAGCCGGGCCUCGGCCGCCCGCCGCCAUGGCGUGCGGAGCCACUCUGAAAAGGACUCUGGAUUUCGACCCGCUGCUGAGCCCGGCGUCUCCGAAGCGGAGGCGGUGCGCGCCUUUGUCGGCGCCGGCUUCGGCUGCCGCCUCCCCGGCCGCCGCCACCGCCGCCGCCGCCGCCUCGGCCGCGGCCGCCUCGCCGCAGAAGUAUCUCCGGAUGGAGCCUUCCCNCUUCGGCGACGUCUCCUCCCGGCUCACCACAGAACAAAUUCUGUACAACAUAAAACAGGAGUAUAAACGUAUGCAGAAGAGAAGACAUUUAGAAGCUAGUUUUCAGCAGACAGAUCCAGGUUGUAGUUCCGAUUCACAGCCACAUGCAUUUCUCAUCAGUGGACCAGCAUCACCAGGGACUUCAUCUGCAACAUCCUCACCAUUAAAAAAAGAACAGCCCUUAUUUACUCUAAGGCAGGUUGGAAUGAUCUGUGAACGUUUGUUGAAAGAACGGGAAGAGAAAGUUCGAGAAGAAUAUGAAGAAAUACUGAAUACAAAACUUGCAGAACAAUAUGAUGCUUUUGUGAAGUUUACGCAUGAUCAGAUAAUGCGGCGAUAUGGAGAACAGCCUGCUAGUUAUGUUUCAUGAAUCACGCCUUUGCAUUUGUGGGCUGCCNUGUUCCUUGUUGAGUUGUUGCAGGAGGUCCCAACUAUGACAUGCAGCAAUGCCAGUACCCAUCUGUGAAUACAGGUUAUUUCAAGCUUUCGUCAGUGGCAACCACUCUUAGGCAGCAGCAAUUGGUUUUGGAAAUUUCCGUGAUGUCAUUACCACCUGAAUGUGGACCUUUGCUACUUGUAUUAAGACCAGUGGCCUCGUUUUNCUGUAUCAUUACAAUUUGGCUUCUUUAUAUUGUUUGAAAGGGAUUAAAGCUGGCAUUCUAGAACAUGCCCUUCACUGGUUAUGUAAAUAAAACUGUAGAAUGACACGUCAGAUGAAGUUAGUGUGAUUUUAAUUGUGCACUACAACCAAGCUGUAACCAGUUAUUAAUAACUUAGAAUGUAAUCCCAGGACAUUUAAGCAGUUAGUCUACAGNACUUCUGUGAGAUAGUGGAGGAGGAGGAAGGAGGGCAUUUCUGUAUUUCAGGACUUUUCUUGGGGUUUCAGAAUGGGUUUAUAUGAUUUUCUUUAUUAUUUUUUGGUAGUUUUAUUUAUUCUAUCAGUCUUUUUAACAAAUGUUUAUUGCUGCACCCCCUCCCCAGUGUAUUAUUGUUUUACUGCCCUUGGAGCACUGGAGUUUAGUUGGAAAAAUAAAACAUUUACUUCUAUUCUGCCUGUGUCCGAAUUGUACACAUGGGUAGUAUUGGAAUAAAGUAGUGUUUAAACGUUAAGUAUUUUAUAGAAAUCAACACAAAGUUAAUUUUCUGGCAAUAUUUACCUUUUAAAUGCUGUUUUCAGAAAUUAAGUUAUGAUUCAAAACUGCUUCUGUAACUUGCUGUAUAACAGCAUGUUAUAUAACAAGAUCUAAAACAGCUGUAGACCUUU